AAAGAUGCAAUCUACACAUGCAUCAAGCCUCUAGUCCUUGGAACUCUGGCCAUUCUUCAGGGCCUCUUGAAUACCCCAGGAGAACACUUCCAGGCAGCCCCCGAUAGAGUGGCCCGUCUCCAUGCCGAUGGCUUUGGCAUCACUGUGCCCACUGAAGAGCAGGUCCAGCAUUUCACUGACAAGUUGUACCGGCCUUUUGUGCAGCUGAUGUCCAACAUAGAAGAGCGAUUUCUAGACUUGCCAUUGCUGCAGCUCUUCGAGGCUUUCAACACCACCACGUUACCCACUGGAGAUAUGGGCAACCAUGGCGAACAGGACAUCAAGAAACUGGCUGACCACUUCAACCUUCCCGUUGACGCAACACUGCACAACUGGAGGCAGGUUCGAGGCAGCCUACAGGGCACAGAGAAGAAGGCUGAAGAGGCAAUGGAGUUGGUGAACAUCCAUUUGCGUAAUAGCCACGACCAGCUAUACAAGCUGGCAGCCGUUGGCCUGCUCCUCCCUACAUCUACAGCUGGUAGGUACUUGACUAGGCUGUCAAGAGCACAAUAACAAACGACUGAUGUUUUUGUUUUGCUUAAAUAUCUCUUUGUUCUUAAAUCAAAGCGAUUCAAUAGAUAUUAUUUCAGAGUAGUUUACAUGAAGUCUGCUGUCCUCAAUGCACUGAUGACGGUCAGCAUUGAAGGGCCAGACAUUGAGGCAGUAGACUUUGGGAAAAUGGUGGAUGCCUGGCACCAGGAGAAGCCUCGCAGAACA